UUCUUCAUCAGUUGAGAGACACCAGAGUGAAGCGUCUGACGGGAGGACUCAGAAGAUGGCAAAGAUGCAGUGGAGUCUGUUUGUGCUCAUUCUGAUGGGUCAAUCUUCCUUCUUAACAUGUCACCACUAUGAGUACCACUUUGUCAAAGAGAAUAAGACCUGGACAGAAGCCCAGAAGUACUGCAGAGAUAACUACACUGACCUGGCCACAGUGUUUGACAUGACAGACACGAAGAGACUCCGUGACUUGGCACAGAAUCAAGAUGCAGCCUGGAUCGGGCUUUACAGCGACCCUGAACUAAAUAACAAAAAAAUGUGGCGCUGGCAGUGGUCUCUGCCGGAGCUGGAGUUCAGUACUAGUGAGGAGAACUGGUAUCCUCAAGAGCCUCAAGAUGCUCUCAUCAGCGAGGCAUGUGUGCCGAUGGACAGAAAUCACAAAUGGAAAGAUGUCCCUUGUACUACUGAGUUUAUAUUUGAAUUUAUCUGCUAUGAUGAAAGGAAUCAGUCCGAUCAAAAAUUCCACUUCAUUAAAAACGAGGUGACCUGGUCAAAGGCUCAGAAUUACUGCAGAGAGCAUCACACCGACCUGGUCAGUGGACGCGAACAGUUAGACAAGAUCAGCGAAGACAUAGACAAUAAAAUUGGGGGAAAAAAUGUGUGGAUCGGCCUGUUCAGAGACAGCUGGAGGUGGUCAGAUGAGAGCAGUUUCUCUUUCAGAAACUGGAAUCGACAGCUAUUUAAAAGUGAAGAUGGCAACAAAAAAUGUGCUAUGACCAUGACCGAUGGAAAAUGGACCUCUGAUGAAUGUAAGAAAACAAAACCCUUCUUCUGCUAUGACGACAAAGUGAUCCUGAUCAAAGAGAAAAAGACCUGGGAUGGCGCGUUGGAUUACUGCAGAAAGAACCACAGUGACCUGGUCUCCAUCACUAACCCUCAUCAGCAGAGAUGGGUCCAGGAGAGAGCCAAGAAGGCCAACACUUCCUACGUCUGGAUGGGACUGCGCUACACCUGCUUUAUGGAUUUGUGGUUCUGGGUAAAUGACUGUGUGGUCUGCUAUGACAACUGGGCCCCAGGAGGAAGGCAGGAGGGUUGUGACAGGGCUGCAGCCAUGGACAUAGAGGGGAAAUGGUUCAAAAUGACUGAAAGUGACACGUUUAAUUUCAUCUGCACUCUUAAGUAGGUCUUAAAGUUCCAGUGUGUAAGAUUUUGAGGAAUAUAUUAACAGAUAAAUUGUAAUAUAUUAAGAACAUUUUCUGUGGCAUAUAAUCAAAUGAAAUUAAGAAUCAUGUUUUCGGUACCUUAUAAUGAGCCGUUUAUAUCUACACAGGGAGUGGGUCCUUGUCCACAGAGUCCAACAUGUGGCACUGCCAUGUUUCUACACUAGCCCAGAGUGGACAAAUCAAGUACUGGCUCUAGAUAACAUCAUUUGGGUUUAUGUAUAAGCCACUGUAGAUAGCAGCCCUUCUGACAAACCAAACAGCAUUGAAAAAAAUGAGAUUUUAAGGUGAAACUGCUUUAUUCUGUGUUUUUAAAGUUUUAAUCACUGGGUCUGCUUGUUUUGCAGGGGACGGGGUCUAUGCAGAUAAUUCGGCUCCUGGUAAAAACCUCUUGAAGGACUCAAUCAUAAAAUGAUCGUUUUUUUGUGGGGUUUUUUCAAGUGGUGUUGUAUGGGGUACUUAUACAGUAUAUAGUCAGUGUGUUACUUACAAUAGAUAACAGUAAACACACCUUCAGUUUGGAGAAGCAGGCUGAAGUCUAAGCAAUGUACCGCUGUGGAGGCAUCAGCAACAACACAUAUUUUAGCCACCCAAAGUCCAACCUAACAAAAUCAAUAUCAGUGUGAGUGUCUGCAAAAAUGACAGUAUUCUCGCUGCAUUUGCUCUCCUCCUGACAGUCUGUUUUCACAGGGAAGUCAUCACUGUUUUUUCUCAUUGGAGUAUGGCUUUAGACAGACAUGUAAAGGCUUUAUUUUCCUAUUUGAAAUCACUCAUGGACAUUAAGGUAAAGCAGUGAAAAUACUCUCAAUAUAGUGUACAUUUAAACUGAUAUUGUUUUUUUGGUGGAAC